AUGGAUGUUACGGCGAAUUUCUAUGCCCUGAAGCGAGGUGGAGGCGCAGUCCCGCUCCACGAAGUGCACGUCUUCAAGCUGCCGCCCGAGGCGACCCGUCCGCAUGCUUCCGAGGAGACGCGCCUGCUAAACUUUGCUCAAAAUGGUCGCCCGAAGCAGGAGGAAACGACGCCCGUCGAUAUAGUGGUGGCCGAGGAUGGGACCUGUAGCGUAUCCACUCGUGCCGAGGCAUUCCUCGACGAGCGGCCCAACCUCCGCCACCACCGUUCUUUCAUCAUCGCGGUGGUCGUCAAGUUUUUCCUGUUCAACUGCAUCCUUGUCUCCAUCCUAUUCGAUGAAGGGUUUAACCAUCUAUUUCUCUACGCUGUAGCCCUUGUGUACGCGGUGAUGUUACCGUUGUACGCGCUGGUGUUGCUUGCCAUCCCACGCCAAUCCCUGCUGCUCUUCUGCCCGGCCCUCCUGCUCUCCUUAGUAUCGGCAUUCGUCCUCUACCUCAACAUCCUCAUCUCCUUCCUCCGGCUCGCCUCCAACCGAGCGGGAGUUUCCAGCGGCGAAGCCGUCCAUAUCGUACUUGACUUGCUCCUUGUCAUCACAGAAACCUUACUCCUCGUCCAUCUAUGCAAAACAUUCGGACGCUUCAUGGAUCAACUACAGAAGCGCGAAGUUAAUGAUGAUGGAGAACAAAGCACAGCAUCAACCUGGACGAUAAACGACUACGACGAUGAGGGCAAUUCGCGCCCCACGGAGCAUCGAUGGACAAAAAUGGGCAUUUGU